GAUUUUUCCAAAUGGACUCCGCUGCUGGUAUUUGUCAACUCUCGUGCUGGUCCGCAGCAAGGGCACUUGCUAAUUACGCAACUUCGAAGACUCUUGAAUCCAAUCCAAAUUUGGGAUCUAGCCAAUGGUGGGCCGGAUCCUGUGUUGGACAGCUUUUGCGCCUUUACACGUCUGAGAAUUCUGGUGUGUGGUGGUGACGGUACCGUCGCAUGGAUUAUUAGUGCACUCGAGGGUUUGAAUCUCCAACGCAAGUGGCCACCCAUUGCCAUUCUUCCCUUGGGGACGGGCAAUGACUUGGCACGUAUUCACGGGUGGGGUGGUGGCUACAACAACGAAUCGCUCAUCACGAUCCUGGAGCAGAUUUCUGAAUCAUACGUUUCCUUGUUGGAUCGCUGGGAAGUGACGAUCGAAGACGUUUCAAAAAAGAAAAAGGAGACGAAAUCGUUUUUCAAUUACUUGGGCGUUGGCGCAGACGCACAGGCGGCGUUGCAAGUACAUUAUUUACGAGAGUCCCGCCCGGAGUGGUUUUUUUCUCGUCUUGUCAACAAAGCUUGGUACGGAGUUUUUGGGGCCGAGGACAUUCUGAAAGCCACGUCCGUCAACGUUCGGAAAGAUAUUACACUGAUUGCCGACGGUGUGGAGGUGCUGUUACCGCCCGACUCGCAAGGAAUCAUUGUCAUGAACAUUGAUUCGUACGCCGGAGGAGUGCCGCUGUGGUCUCACGGCUUCAAAGCGGAUUCCUGUCAGGACGGAAUCUUGGAAAUUGUUUCUAUUCGUGGCGCAUUUCAUUUGGGUCAAAUCAAGGUUGGUUUAAGCAAUGCCCAGCGGCUUUGUCAAUGCCGCGAAGCCACGAUUCAGAUUAGGCAGAAAAUGGCAGUCCAAGUUGAUGGCGAACCCUGGCGGCAGAGUGCGUGUACGCUUCGUGUAAAGCGCAAA